AUGUCUCUCCAUCAAACAAUCGAUCUCGACAGAGAUCUCCCACGUAUUCCAACUAAGAACAUCAAUUUUCAUCCAACAACGGGCAUUUCUUGCUUAAUCGUUGGAGCUGGAGUUGGAGGCUUGACAACGGCUCUCGAAUGUCGACGCAAAGGACAUAGUGUGCGGGUCGUUGAGAGAUCCCCAACCCCUAACAGCGCAGGAGAUUUCUUCUCCAUCGGUCAAAACAUCGUCGCCCAUCUCUACAACUACUGGCCCGAUCUCGCCGCCGAAUGUGAGUGCAUCAACUAUUCUGGAGUGAUAGCAUAUCACAAAAUUACAGGAGAGCGCAUCUCUGGCCCUGAGCCCGUGCCAAUUGGCAAACCAACCAUGACACUGAAUGACGGAUCGGAAAAGAUCAUCCCAUUUAGCAGACACCAUCGCCCCAAGUUUGUGGCUGCACUUCUAGCCCAGGUCAAGGGCCUGGGCAUCGAGGUUACUUUUGGAGCCAAGGUUACGGACUACCUCGAGGAUGCCGAUAAGCAGAAGGCAGGAAUCGUCCUCGAGAGCGGCGAGAGGAUUGAGGCAGAUGUUGUUAUUGCAGCCGAUGGCAUCGGGACAAAGAGCCACAAACUCGUUAAUGGUGGCGAUGAUAGGGCUUAUUCUAGCGGAAUAUCUAUUUUCAGAACCUCAUUUCCAGUCGAAUUGGCACUGUCGGAUCCCGAAGUUCGAGAUCGGUGGCCACUGCUGGAUGGUAAUGUACCCUGUCUCGAGAUUUGGGGAGGUGACAACAUGUCCUUCUUUGUACAAAGAUACUCGGACAUCAUGUGCUGGUUGAUGACUCACAAGAGCGAUGGUAAAGGCAUGGAAUCCUGGAACCAAACAGUCGAUGUUUCGGAAGUCCUCAAAAUCACCGCAAAGAUACCUGGAUUCCCGGAAGUUGCCGAACGCCUGAUCAAGACCACACCGAACAACGGCAUCAUUGACUGGGAGAUCAUGUGGCGAGAUCCCAGGGAGAAUUGGAUUUCACCGUGUGGAAGAGUCGUUCAGGUAGGCGAUAGUGCGCACACAUUUCUACCUUCGUCUGGGAGCGGUGCUACACAAGCCAUGGAGGACGCCAUCUCACUCGCGACUUGCCUUGAAAUCGGUGGAAAGCGCAACGUUACAAUAGCAACAAAGAUUCACAAUAAACUUCGAUUUGAACGGGUUUCAUGCGUCCAGCUAAGCGGCUUCAUGAACCACCAAAAACAGAGCAACCCAGUGUAUAGUGCAGAAAACGACGAUAAAGAGUCUUUCAAAAUCAACCUCGGCGACUGGAUUGUUAUGUACGACUCUGAAAAGUAUACAUACGCACACUACGGUGAAGUGCUCCAUCAUCUCCAUUCUGGGAUGCCUUUAAAAGCUAAAAACAUUCCACGGGGAUAUACGUACAAGCCAUGGACGAUCAAGGGGCUGUUAGACAUGGUUGAGAGGGGUGAGAAGAUACACUUUGACGGAGAUUGGUCUUGA